UUAAGCGGAGAAAUGUGAACUUCUUUGACGUGCCAUGAUCAGGUGGCUAGCGGAUAAAUAAUAAAUGGCUAAAAACGUUAAGAAAAUGCGGUUAACAGCCGUAAUGUCAAUGGCCGCUAAGGCUGCCUUCCCUAAAGACUACCGCUACGGCACAAAUCGGCCUAGGACCAUAGCUGCCAAGAGAUUGAACCCACCAGGCAAGAAGAGAAGAAAGGUGUUCAUAGAGCUCAUAGCUUAUGAGGACUGGUCUGUUUUCAAAGGGGACACAGUUGAGAUCCUCUCUGGGAAGGACAAAGGAAAACAGGGCAAAUUGGCACAGGUCUUCAGACACAGAAACUGGGUCAUCCUGGAUGGGCUGAACACGUCCGGAGGACACACUGGAGAAGACUUACACGCCCUCCCUCAAGACUCUGGAGGAGGAGGUUAUGGAGAAGCUGGGCAUCGAAGAGCCCAGGAGGAACCGGAAGACCUAUUGGUACUGAGGGGAGAGACCCUUUGGUGUCUGGGCCACACAGCCAUGGGUUGGGUUGGGGCAUUGCAUCCAUGGUCUCCCUCCCCCUUCUUGUUUCCGCAUUGGUCACCACGGGGGAAAAAUUAGUGACUGCUCUUUAUGGACCUACUGUAGGCCUAC